UCGAAAGUGAAAAUAUGAAUAACUUACGAGAUUUAAGUGCCAACACAACAGAGCUAAUCGUUACAAUAGCUUCCAAUACUAACGAAAGAGCGCUACACUUCGCUAAAGCAGGAAAGUCGCCAGGUUUAGCGAUCAAGUCUACACGGCCAAGCACACUCUUCGGAACUGAGGCGAAACCGUUUAAUAUACUCAAUCAAUUGAAAUUGGAUGAAAUACGUAAUGCUCAGACAGAGUUGUUGUCCAAUCUAGGACGCAUAAAGGCGCUUAAAAAGAAGAAAAAGAAAAAGAAGAAGAAGCGGAAGAAAAAUAAGAAAAAGCAAAAGCCCAUUGGCGAAGAGGCCACGAUUUUCUAUACUCAACUCACCACAAAGAAACCUCAUUAUUACUAUCACAAAUUGACGACUACAAAAGUGCCAAAGAAAAUCAAGUACAUUGUGCGCAAGAAAAAUGUUUUGAAGAAGAAAAAGAAAGAAUAUCUAAAUCACUUGAAACAUGUGUUCUACCCGUUUAUCAAGUUUGUCGCCUUUUUUACGGUACUCAAUCCAUUCACAUUAAAAGUUUUUAUAUUUGCACUCAUUUCGCCAGUGGUUUUUGGAUUUUUAGGUUUUAUGGCGCUAAGUUUUAUGGUAAAACCGGCACUUCAUCUCAUUUUUGAUGUCAAAAAGCGUGUAGACAUUAUGAAACACAAGAAAUGGCUCGCGAAAAAGCGACGUGAACGUUGGCGUUACGGUCGACGUCCGAUCACUAUACACAAACACUAUUACAAGAAUGUGGUUGUGCCGCGGACACCAAAACCGAAGCCGCCCAGUUGGCCUGAGUGGGUGCAUGGCGAUAAAAUUGAUUUUAGCACAAAGCUUCAAGCCAAGUCUAUGCCGAAGGAGCUCUAUAGACGUCACCAACAUCGCAAGCACUUCAGACCCGCAAACCAUAAUUUCAAUCCGAUAUUGCCAGAGGUUGAAGAUGAAAUUGAAGAUUGGCCCUAUGGAUCCUCGCGAUUUGAUAACUUCAAUGGCAAAAAACCACUGAGAAACGUAGACCAGCGAUUACCAUCAGCAAUGGGGUAUAAGUUUAAGCGCCCGCACCUACCUAUUGUAAAACCUGGGAAUAUUGGACCAUCGCGCUUCCAAAACAAGCAUCCAAAGACUUCAGUGCCUAGUGUAUCAGCUGAGUAUGAGGAUGCCCCAUUUACAUUGUUAUAAGCUUCUAAACAAAUAAAAAAAUUGUAUUUUGACUGAUAGUGUCCCACCGAAUUUAAAUGUUGUU